UGUACUACGCCUCAGGCUGCAGCAUCGCCCGGUUCCCAGAGGACGGAAUAGUGAUCGCCAAGAAUCUGAAAGACCAAGGUCUGGAGGUGUUGAAGCAGGAGACUGCGGUGGUGGAGGGGGUUCCCAUCCUCGGUCUGUACCAAACGCCGUCAGACGGGGGAGGUCGCAUCGCCCUGUACGGUGAUUCUAACUGUCUAGACGACAGCCACAGGCAAAAAGACUGUUUCUGGCUGCUGGACGCCCUCCUGCAGUACACCUCCUACAGUAUGACACCUCCCAGCCUCAGUCACUCCCACAGCAGGGUGCCCCCCCCCACAGGCACCGAAAAACCACUGCCACAGAGACUGGAAGGCAACCAUCUUUACCGCUACUCCAAAGUUCUCGAGGCCCACCUGGGAGACCCUAAGCCCCGCCCACUACCAGCCUGCCCCCACCUGUCUUGGGCAAAGCCACAGCCGCUCAAUGAGACAGCACCCAGUAACCUGUGGAAGCACCAGAAGCUUCUCUCAGUGGAUCUGGACAAAGUGGCUCUACCCAACGUGAGGGCGUACCGGCCCCAGGUCAGACCUCUGUCCCCUGGGGAGAGCGGGGCCUGGGACAUCCCUGGAGGGAUAAUGCCCGGUCGCUACAACCAGGAAGUGGGCCAGACCAUCCCCGUGUUCGCCUUCCUGGGAGCCAUGGUGGUCCUGUCCUUCUUCGUGGUCCAGCUCACUAAGGCCAAGAGCAAACCCAAGCGCAGGAAACCUCGUAUCAAGCGGCCCACGUACCUCCAGCAGCAGACGACGACUACGACCAGUGGGAAAAACCCCACAGUGUGAGCGGGAAAAACCUUACAGUGUGACCUGCGUUCACAACGGACAACUUUUGUUAGUAGCAACCUGCGAUAAGUGGGGUCUAAUGAACUCUGAAAUUGAGCCGUAAAUGUACUCCAGGCUUCUCUCGGAUGAAACAGUUUUUGUGCCUCUCGUCUGUUCAAGGCUCUCCGUGGGUGUUUGUGUGUGUUUGUGGACUAAUGAACAGUAUUAGACGUGUGACACGUAUGAUAUUAAACACACCUGGCCUCGAAAUUGCCUGUUUGAAACAGACAUGUUGUCUACAUUUCCCUCUGUCUUCUUCGACCAAAUUGUUUCUUUAUGAAUGACUUUUAUAUUUAUUGAAUUUGUUCAGACCCUAACACAUAUCCAGAAGUAUAAGAGAUUUCACACACAUACUACACACACUGUAUGCACUUUAAGAAUAAAGCGGUUUGCAUACACGCCGACAGAAACAACCCCCUACACACACGCAUAUGUGCAAUCAUGCAGACAUGUCCAAAACAAGGACCACGGUAUGAUCAAGUUGUCGUCUCCUGUGUCUCCAUCAGUCAUAUCUGUUUUAAAUCCCUGUCUUUUCAUUGUUUUUAUACUUUAUAUAAUGAAUUGGCCAGGCGUUCUGUUGAUAUCCUCCUCCAUGAUCUCAUGGUCAACAAAGUAGCAUCAACAGACUUGUUCAAAUAUAUCUCAUCAAUUAAAAAGCAUAAUCAAA